GUCAAGUUUCACUUUCACUUUGCAAGUUUUGACAGCUGUUGCCUAAUAAUCGACAAAAAUGAUCAAAGUAAUUAAUUUAAUGUGGUAUUUAUAUUGACAGAGACAUGAUGGUUUUAACCAAAGCUGAUUAUUAUUUGAAUCAAUAUUAGAUUAUCAUGUAAACCUUGAGAUGACCCUGUGAGUUGUAUAUCUUCAGUCGGCAGGUGUCUAUAGCUUUAUAUCAUUCAGGAUGAGAAGUUCCUCUAGUUUGGAGAGAAAGCUCAAUAAGCAUGCAACAACUAUACUAAUUGGAGGAAUAUUUUUUACAUUCAGCAUUCUUUUUUUCUUGUCAUUUUGUCAAAUGCCUUGUGAAGACCAAACAUAUGCAGCAAUGCAUAAGGACCAAUCGGAUCAGGGCUACUGGAACUUAUCACCAAGAAAGUCCUUUUCUUGUUUUUUAUUCAUAAGUGUAUUGUCAUCGCCAAAAAAUAUGCAUGAAAGAGAUGUUAUUAGAGAAACAUGGGGAAAUGAUUUACUGAAAGAUAUUGUUCUUCGAUUUGUUGUUGGUAUUGGGAAUUUGAAUAAAGAAGAGAAAGAUUCGCUUAGUAGAGAACACAUGCUGCAUAAAGAUUUACUCUUGUUAAAUUUCAAUGAAAGUUUUAAUGCUCUAACCUUGAAAGUAAAAGAGACAUUCAAAUGGGUUGAUAACAAUGUUGAUUUAAAGUUUUUUUUAAAAGUCGAUGAGGAUUCUUUUGUGAGAACAGAUGCCCUAAUGAGAGAAUUGAAACUAAAAACCAACAAAAGGCUUUAUUGGGGAUUUUUUGAUGGGAGAGCUCUGGCAAAACAGAAGGGAAAGUGGGAAGAGAAGGACUGGAUUCUUUGUGACAGAUAUUUACCAUAUGCUCUGGGAGGUGGAUAUGUUUUAUCAAGUGACCUUGUACAUUAUGUGUCUUCAAAUUCUAAACUUUUAAAAGCUUUUAAGAAUGAGGAUGUAUCUCUCGGUGCUUGGCUUGGACCAUUAGAUAUAAACCGAGUUCAUGAUCCAAGGUUUGAUACAGAAUAUAAAUCUAGAGGUUGUAAAAACUCAUAUUUAGUCACACAUAAAAUAUCAUCAAUGCUAAUGCGAGAGUAUGAUAAUAAUUUACAGAAAUUAGGACAUCUUUGUAGUCGAGAAUUCCAAGUUAGAAAAUCAUAUGUAUACAAUUGGAGUAAUCCACCAUCAAAGUGUUGUGAAAGGAUUGAUUCAUCUGUUCCAUAAAUAUAAUAAAAUCAUUUAAAACCA